AAGAUGGCGGCCUACACAUAAUUUUUAUUUUUCGGUUUCGCAGUUUCGUUGACGUAUGCCCACCGCAGGAAGGGCGAGCGGCGUAUAGCACCGCCGGUAGCGCUCAGUCGUGAUCGAUUUUACGAUGCUAUCUUGUGGGAGCGAUAACAUGCACGAUAACAGUUCGCUGCAGGGCAAGCACUGUACGUAGCCGUCAAAUCGCGAAGCGAUUCUCGCAUGCACGGUUGCACGUACGUCAUCGACGUAAAAAUGUGCGUCGCCUUGAAGCGGCUCCGACGUUGAACUAAUAGCGCUAUUUCUUUCUUUUUUUGUUUCUUUCAUUUGUUCACUGAAUUUCGCUUGCUGUAGGUGAAGCAAGUGGCGCAGGCGGCGACGUGCAUUAAACAUAUACAUACGCUGUCUUCCACGUGUGAUAAACGUUCACGGGUUUGCGACACGCCAGCUAGGUCGCGGGUAUUGCGUGGCUUUCUUUUUCCUACGUAGAAUGAAUGGAGCUGCAACAUGUCAUCAGGAAGCACACGACAUGGUUGGAGAGCAGGCCAGCCGGAUGGACGGUGGUGACUGCGUGGUGAAGGGCUCCGUGUUCAGCGAACAGCUGAGCAGACAUCACCGUGGCAGCACCGGCCACAAGGAAGAUGCCAUGAGUGGACUGCCUUUUCACGGACCUUCGUCACGGGAGGUGGAACUGGCCAGUGUGCCGGUCCUCGAGCGACGAAGCGGACUGUACAGCAGUGGAGCAGUGGUCGUGCUCGUCGUCUGGUACUUCUUCAGCUUCACCACGCUGGUGCUGAACAAGUGCAUCCUCUCUUACCAAGCUGGGGACCCUGUAGUGCUGGCCGCAGUCCAGAUGUGUUGCUGCUUCAUCUGUGGCUACGUCCAGAUGCAGAUGACUGCUAGACGGAAACUGUCCCACGAGAACUCUCCUAGGGCGCAUAAUGUCAUCCUCGUUGGGUCGCUACGAUUUAGCACGGUGUUCCUGGGCCUGGUGGCGUUGUGGUACGUGCCAGUGUCGUUUGCCGAAACGGUGAAGAGCUCGGCGCCCGUGUUCACUGUGGUCAUCUCACGGCUGGUGCUGGGCGAAAUGACCACCUGGCUGGUCAACCUGAGCCUCUUCCCGGUCAUGGGAGGCCUGGCCCUGUGCAGCGCGAAUGAGCUGAGCUUCAACCUGCCGGGCUUCAUUGCUUCGCUUUCCACUAACCUCUCGGAGUGUUUUCAGAACGUCUUCUCCAAGCGCCUGCUCACCGACGAGAAGGUCAAGCUGCUGCCUGUGGAGCUCCAGUGCUACACUAGCCUGAGCUCGGUGUUCAUCCUGGUGCCCACCAUGUUGGCCCUGGUGGAUUUUGGCAAAGUGUGGGAGACCACGUCGUGGGCUACGAUGGGCACACUGUUGCUGGGGGGCCUGUCGUUCCACUGCCAAAGCUUCACGGAGUACAUCUUGCUGGGUUACAUCUCGCCUGUCACCCACAGCGUUGCAAACACAGUCAAGCGGGCGCUCAUGAUCUGGCUGUCUGUGCUGGUGUUCGGCAACCAAGUCACAUUCCUCAGCGGUCUAGGGACACUCAUUGUCAUUGCGGGCGUAUUCCUCUACAACCACGCACGGAACGUUGCUGCCACUCUGUACCAAUACGAUGUGACGCUCAGCACUGUCAAGGUUACCGACCAUGAUGUCUGAUGGGUUUGGGCUUUAGGAACAAGGCUGCGGUGUCUUUUCUUCCGAGUCUGGCAUAUACACCAGAAGCAGAUCUUUGUGCAUUCGUUGGCUGCUGUUCGUAGAAGCAUUCACAAAGACAAAAAUCCCGGUUCCGUAUUCAACUUGACCUGUACCUUGCAUUUCUUGCCCAUGUUUUAACUGCAAGAGGUCCUUGAGGUCAAUUCUGUGGAAUUUCUCAAAAAAGCUAGGAUGAAAACGACAACCUUACUUCAAGGCAGCCGACAUAAAGCAUUGUCAUGUAAGUGGGAAAUGCACAGGAUAGCAUGGCUUUUGCUAGGCCUUUCCAUGUGAAACAACCAGAGUUUAUUUUCAUUUUAUUGAAAGGUAGAGAUCUGCAGGACGGCUGUGGUAACAACCGACCGCAUUAGGAUGACACCUGAAACCUGUUCCUACCUGUAGCCAACUUUUGAGCAUUGUGAGCAUGAACUCUUUGUGAUUGUACACGUAUACUGCUGCCACUCGAGAGUUUCUGGAAGAGUGUGUUCCUAUGAGAACAGGCACAGGCAUGCAGUAGGAUGCCAAAAUAUAGCGAAGUGCUCGCCUAAGUCUGCAUUUGGCGGGUCUUCCAAGUUCGGGUGAAUUUUGGUGCGCGCUGUGGUAUUUUUAUGCACGAGUUUAACCGAUUUGUGACAAUGUUUAUACUAUUUGUAUGUAUUCCCCAUAUGUAUAAGGAACGUUUGUCUUUGAUGAAUAGACAAAUCUCGGUGUGUACAGAGUCAUUCCCUAUUUAAGGACUUCAGUGUUUUUGCCGUGCAAUGAUUGUGAAAAAUUGUACGCCUAGAUUGCAUGAAGCUUCGGCUGUAACAGUUUGCUUCUGUCACCGAUACAUUGAACUGAAAUGAAACUGGCUUUCUUGCAUCUUUUUUUUCAGGAUCUUCUAGAAAUUUUCUUGAGCUCAGAAUGAACUAAUCAAUGCGCACAUAUGAAUAGUUUUGCACUCCUGCCACAUCUAUCAGUUUUUUGGAAUGCUUUAUUAAUGAGCGUAAUUGGUUCAUUCAUUAGUGGCUGUUGUGGGUAGCAAAUCCUGGCAAGUUGUCAUCGCCACAACUAAAAAGUCUGCACCAAAGAUGUUAUCAAGUAGCUCUGUGGCAGGCACUGAAUUACGCUGGCGUUCCAGAGUUUAAUUUCCGAGAAACUCGUCAGCUACCAACUGAAGCGACUUUAGACGCAUGUUAUACAGUCUAAAACGUACAUUGUGUUCUUGUAACGCACACUUACGUUUCAAUUGUACUGUUUGUUCACGUGGAUGCUACAGAAUCGUGAGGUGCACACUGUUUUUGUUUAAUGCUUUGAUUAAUGGCAAACUGCAUUAAAGCCAAUGCUCUCUACAAUACACAAGGCGAUGAGCACAAAGUACUUAUGUUAUUUGUGCAUUGCUGUGUGCUUUGGUAUUAAGGGCACAGAGCAUAAACUGGAACACAGCAGCGAAGUGCAGUGAUUUCAGCGCUAGUCAUCAACUGUUGCAGCCUUCAUAAUGCCUUCUUGUUCUUUCUUUUUAUUGUCACUUUUUCAGAUAGACGCUUUUAUUUUUUUGCUGAAGUGGCCAUUUCGGGUAGAUUUGACACUGCAUGCCGAAAAAAUAAAAUGGUUCACAAGGAAGCUGGUUUGACAAAGCAGCACAUGUUAAGUGCACCUCAGUCUAAAUUGAGAGCUUGCUUUUCAUAGCCGGCAGCUGUUUGAGUGUGCCUUCACUAUGACAAGCCUGGGGUUGUACAGUUGAACCCAACUAUAAUGAUACUGGUUUUUAACAAUAUAUUGAAUAUAACUACAAACAACCAAUGCACUGUCAAUGUUUGUAUGUCUUCUGUGGCAAAACAAACUGCUCUGCAAUGCUCCCAUGCUGCAUUAUCGGCUAUAACAAUUAAAUCUGGCUACUGGGUGUGUGUGCAAAAAAAAAAAAAUCGAAAUCUUCAAAAAAAAAAGAAAGGUGAGCUACUUUGUCACACUUGCCUUUAACCACAGCACACCUUCACUGCAUCGCAUCACCGGCCUCUCUUGCCCCUCUCUUGCCUCCCUUUCACUCCAUUGCCAACGUAGGAGAAGUUGAAGGGAGAGGGGUGACAAAGGUGUACCGUGCCAACCGUGCACGGCACAAGGUCGGGUGCGGAGAAGCAGCUAACCAUUUCAUUGUGAUAGCAAUUAUAUGGACACUCAAGGCCAAUUUUCGCUGUCAUCGUCGCCGUGAGGUUCCGUAUAAAGCCAAAGUGCGAUAAGAUUAAGGCUGCACACCAUACGCUGUAGGUGCGAGGGAAAGCGUGCGAGGGAGAGCAGCAGAGCAGGAUGGUGGCUUGAUGCGGUGGCAUAUUCUCGUGCGCACAAAGAGGGUAGCUAGAAGAUGUGCAAAUGCUAAGAGGGGGGGGGGGGGGAGGCAGGUUUGCGUGUAACCUGCAGUGGGUUUGAACACUAGGCAACCUGAGUUAGCUGAUGUCUAUGUGUGCACCUCGUUUGCAUUGAAGCAAGAGGCAGCGCAAAGGGGAAAUUCGUUCACCGCAGGUGUUGGCGUUCAUCAUGGCAGCGUUCUCGCAGCGAGUGUCCGCGGUCAUCGAGUGAGACGUGUUCAUGUUUGCCUGUGCACGCGUGACACCAUGCUUGCUAAUUUAGUUAGUCAUCAAAUCUUUACAGCAGCUUAUACAGGUGAUAAAAUGACAAACCUUACUCCAUGUAGCUGUCUAAUAAUUUGCUAUCACAAUCGGUGCAUCACCGUUCAGGUGAAACUGCAAAAUGCUUUUCUUUUCUCAAAUUUGGUGUUUUUCUUUUUGGCACAGACACCCAUUAGCCAGAUUUAAUUCUUAUAGCCAAUAAUGUGGCAUGAGGAUGUGGUAGGAAGUGGUCUAUUUUACCAUAGAACACACAACAGUUCACAGUGGAGCACCUGCUCAGUGUUACAUCUGAGUAUUGUUAAGAUCUGUAAUGCUAUAAGUGGGUUUGACUGUACUUUCUGUCUAAUUAAACUGUUUGUCCCUUCAACUUUUUUCAUGCAACCCUGUUAUAACAUUGGGUUUUCUUGGCACUUGAAUAUCUUUAGAAGUGAGUUCGUCUGUAUACCCGAUUGCACUUUCUGUGGCAUGUUUGGGUAAACGAGAGAAAGUGGAUGCGACGGGAAAAAAAAAUUUAACGGCCCCAUUGGCAUUAUUGUGAUGUAGCAUAGUUCUCAAGCGAACUGACCGGCACCCGUAGUUGCACUGAAGCAUUGUGCCAGACGUUCACGUUGUGCAAAACUGAUCAAUUUUGAAUAUGGUCCCUUACCACCAGCGGAGCAUUGCAAACUUAGCUAAUAAAUUGUAAAACAGGAACUUUGCUGUUCAACUGUUGACGUAAACUGUUUCUGGUGCCUAACAAGAUAUUUUUGCGUGCAUAAGCCGCACUAAAAGAACUGAGAAAUUACGGAUACAAAAUGGGAGUGUUUGUAACAAGAGAACUUUGCAUUCGAGUGCAGCUUCAUGGCAACAUUGAAUACACAGCAGUGAAGCAGCACCAAAGAAAUAAAGCAACACCUUGUUUUUAAGAGAGCAGCAAAUGAGUGUAGCCAUGACUGAACAUGCGAAACAAAAUUUUUGCUGAAGCGUUACUUUUGUGCUGAUGAUCGUGCCAGGUUGAUUGUUAUAUAAAGAUUUUUAUGUGGUCGUCAGCACAGGCUUGUCUCUCACUCUUACGAGAGGGGUUGUAAUGAGGGGGGGGUGAUGUAGGGGCAGGCUAUGCACGUGAAGAUAGAGUUAGGUUCAUUCACAUUAACAGUCUGAAAUGGUUCAAAAACAGGGGCUGCGUUCUCGGCCGAUCACUUUUGACUAUGUGAUUACGUUCGCCGCCAUCAGCGUCUACGGGUGGCAGCCUUCCUAACACUGUGCCAGAAGUGCUAUCUCUUGCAGAUGCCGACAUGAGCCGGUGCAAGCCACGCAAAAUCUCGUGAAAGUGAUUGCCCCCAAAAAACCGCCUCACGGUGUACGAUAUGAGAAUCAUUUCCAUCACAGAAACACAAAUCCUUUUAGUUAAUGCUAGAAACUCUCUUUCCCAAUAGCAUUCAAUGGUGUUAAUUAUAAUGUUCCUUGCCCAGCUGUGCACGUCAACAGUGUAAGCUGUCUCAGCUGGCUUGAACAUCUGUGAUAAUGACAGAAAGUGUAGCAUUAAGCAAACAUUCUGCAGAGAAUUUCCUAGCUGCUGGACUAUCAGCCUCUUCUCUGUUUCACAGCAUUUCUUCUCGUGUGUUCAUCGAUCUGCAUGCUUGUCAAUUGCAUUGUCAUUCCAGUUUUGGGUGGUUCUUCGUGCUCAAAUUGCAUAUACACUCUUAUUUAAUAUGUGGUGUGUAUAUUUAUGUAGGCAAUAUAAUGGGCUGUCACUAUAUUGGUCAUAAAUGAAGAUCACGGUGGACAUGCCUAAUGACAAUAUGGUUUUCACUUGGUGGUUUCUAUGGGUGAGCUAGUGCAAUUAGUCGAAUCUCGAUAAUUCGAAGUUGAAGGGGCCUGAAAAUUUUAAACGAUGUUCAAAUUAAAUGAACGUCCUUUAAUGGAGGACUUCAGUGCAGUGCUGCAUUAGCUGGCGCACGUGCUGGGAGGGUUGCUUCACAGCAGCGUGGCGUGUGCUGCCGUGAAGCCACACCUUAAGGCAAAGUUCGCAUAUAACAUGCAUCCAGACUUUAUUUCUAAAUUUUUUUUAUAUUUGGUGCACGCCAAAAAUUUUAAACUUGCAACAGGAGACUGCCAGGUCGGAGGUACCACCGCGUCAGUUUGCGCUGCUGAGAGCAUGGUCGGCAGCGAGGAAUUUCCAAUUUGACCACCGCAAAUGCUUGUGUGUUCUAAUAACCGGGCAUUUUUGCACAUUGAAAUACAUAAUUUUGACGGGAGCACAGGGACAGUUCGAUUAAACCAGAAGUUCGGCUUAAGUGGUUUCAAAUUAACAAGAUUCCACUGUAUGUUUACAGAAAAGUGAUGUCAUCUUGGCGACU